UCUUUCGUGGCCUGGGCUAAAAAAAAUCUCAAAAUAGAAAGUACCGCCAACUGGUCGCGAUGGGAUCUAUUGGCGCGGAAAAACAUCGUCGUUCUCUUUCUCUCAUGUCCAAACACAAGACCCACUGGCGCCUUCAUCAGGUUCUGGGAUAGAAAAAAAUUCUAA